AUGUCCGCCAAAUCCAUCACUGAGGCCGACGGCAAGGCCAUCCUCAACUACCACCUCACACGCGCGCCUGUCAUCAAGCCCUCUCCACUGCCCGCCGCUGCGACGCACAACCCUCCUCCACGGUUGGCAUCGCUGUACUUUGCUGAGGAUGCCGAUGUGAACGGUGUCUUGGACCAGGCUGAGGUCACCUACCCUUGGCUUUUGCAGCCCGGCGCCAAGUUUGUCGCGAAGCCCGACCAACUCAUCAAGAGGCGAGGAAAGAGCGGCCUUUUGGCCCUGAACAAGACCUGGGCUGAGGCCAAGGCGUGGGUUGCUGAGCGUGCCGGCAAGGAGCAGAAGGUUGAGCACGUUACCGGCGUUUUGAGGAACUUCUUGGUUGAGCCGUUUGUUCCUCACCCAGAUGGUACCGAGUACUACAUCAACAUCAACUCGGUCAGAGAUGGUGACUGGAUUCUCUUUACGCACGAGGGUGGUGUCGAUGUCGGUGAUGUCGACGAGAAGGCAGAGAAGCUUCUCAUUCCGGUUGAUCUCUCAGAAUAUCCCUCAAAUGAGGAGAUUGCCAGCGCGCUGUUGAAGAAGGUCCCCAAGGGAAUUCACAACGUUCUGGUUGACUUCAUUACCCGUCUGUACGCCGUUUACGUUGACUGUCAGUUUACGUAUCUUGAGAUCAACCCACUCGUUGUUAUCCCCAACGAAGAUGCCACGUCUGCAGCUGUCCACUUUUUGGAUCUUGCUGCUAAGCUUGACCAGACGGCCGACUUCGAGUGCGGUGUCAAGUGGGCUAUUGCCAGGUCUCCAGCUGCCCUUGGUCUUGCUGCAACCGCUAGCGGCAAGAUCAACAUCGAUGCCGGCCCGCCAAUGGAGUUCCCCGCGCCGUUUGGCCGUGAGUUGACAAAGGAAGAGGCAUACAUUGCUGAGCUCGAUGCCAAGACUGGAGCUUCGCUCAAGUUGACCGUGCUUAACGGCAACGGACGUGUAUGGACCCUUGUCGCUGGUGGUGGUGCGUCGGUCGUUUACGCCGAUGCCAUCGCCUCGGCUGGCUUUGCUGAUCAGCUCGCCAACUACGGCGAGUACUCUGGCGCACCUACCGAGUCACAGACCUACCACUACGCACGAACAGUGCUUGACCUGAUGCUGAGGGCCCCGUUGGCCCCCGAAGGCAAGGUCCUUUUCAUUGGCGGUGGUAUCGCCAACUUUACCAAUGUCGCUUCUACUUUCAAGGGUGUUAUCAAGGCACUCCGCGAGUAUGCCAAGGCGCUGAAUGAGCACAAUGUCAGCAUUUGGGUGCGUCGUGCGGGUCCUAACUACCAGGAGGGUUUGAGGAACAUGAAGGCAGCCACCCAAGAACUGGGCUUGAACGCCAAGAUCUUUGGCCCUGAGAUGCACGUCUCUGGUAUCGUGCCUCUGGCGCUCAUCCCCGGAAAGUGGGAGGAGGGCAACUUCGAGGAGUUCAAGGGUUAG